UCAUUGGCUAAGAAUAGUACAACGUUGACAAUGGUGAAAUAAAUGCUACCUAUGUCGUCCUUUCCUUCUAGUUAUUUUAAUGAUUUUGUACAGUACGUUGAAUACGGCGUUAUUAAUCUUUUGUAACGUGUAUUAUGGCAGAUAUACUGUCAACAUGCAAAGAAAGGCUGAGAAACGAUUAUAAAGCUGACUUUGAACGUAGAAGAUUGAUCUGUUGCAAAAGAAAAAUUUACAACUUUCCGUUAAAAGAUUACUACAUGGACAUAACUGUGGGAAAAACGUUUGUAGAUGAAAACGAGGAAGAAGAUACAGAAUUACACGAAGUGUUUUUCGAUAAAAAUAACACACAUCAAACUAUUUUACUUUCCGGUCAUCCUGGCCUCGGGAAAUCCGCUCUUUGCAAGAAAAUUGCAUACGAUUGGUCGCGCGAUGAGGCAUCGACGGCUUACAUAAAACAUUUCGAUUUGGUCGUGGUCAUAAAUUUACGCGAUCUUGGUACAAGGAAUGUAAAAGAUUCUAUUUUAGACAGAUUAUUUCGGGAGUCUCGAGACGAAGGAGAAAGAGUUUUACAAGAGCAGAAAUUAAAUCUUUUGAUCAUUUUGGACGAGUUUGACGAGGAAUCUAACAAAGAAUCUGUUUUGAAAUUCAUCACAGAAGAAUCAUUUCACGUUUCGCAUCGAGUAACGAUCUUCGUCACCUGUCGACAAUGGGUCUGUGAAUGUCUUAAAGAGUACGUGCAACGUCAUUUCCAAAUUUACGGUUUUAAUGUUAUACAACGAGCCGAGUACAUUAAUCUGAUGUUUAGAGAUGUGGAAGACGAAUCAAAUUAAAUUCAAUUCAUUCAGAAAUUGCUCGAUCCCCGAUUUCAUUUUCAAUUUGAAAGACAUCCUCUAUUAAUUCAAAUGUUGUGCUGUAUCUUCAAACGCGCUAAAAUCAAUGAAAUACGUAGGCCCAUUGACUUGUUCAUUCGAAUAUUUGGUGUUUUUUCUGAAAGUUACAUAUGUAAAUGUGGAAAUGAACGAAAUUUCGACACAGGAAAACAUUUCGUAGGAGAGAAUUUGCUAAUUAAAUUGGGGAAACUUUCACAUUCGUUAGAUAAAAUCUCGCGG